UUGAGAAUUUCGGAGACAGCAUUUUCUAACUUUGGUCAAACCGACGCAAAGUUCUAAUAAGUAAUUCAUUGUUUUCGCUCGCUUUUGAUUGUGUGUUUGAUUGAAUCUGGUUAGUAAAUCGCCAUCACAAUGCCUCCCAAGCCAAGUGGAAAAGCUGUGAAGAAAUCUGGAAAGGCCCAAAAAGCAAUCCGCAAUCCUGAUGCCAAGAAGCGCAAGAAGAGGAAGGAAUCGUACUCCGUGUACAUCUACAAGGUGCUGAAACAAGUGCACCCGGACACUGGCGUUUCCUCCAAAGCGAUGGCCAUCAUGAACUCCUUCGUCAACGACAUCUUCGAACGGAUCGCCUCGGAAGCCUCGCGUCUGUCGCACUACAACAAGCGCUCCACCAUCACUUCCCGCGAAAUCCAGACCGCCGUCCGCCUGCUCCUGCCCGGAGAACUGGCCAAACACGCCGUCUCCGAAGGAACCAAAGCCGUUACCAAGUAUACCAGUGCCAACAAGUAGAACUCUGAUCUGAAUCUCGAAUUUCUCAAUCUUCCGUUGAGCUUUACUGCUGGUUUGAAUUGUUACGAAGUACUUGUUUUGCUUAUAGUGAACGUGUUAUCAUUGUUCGCCUGUCACUGUCAGUGAGAAAUUUGGAAUGUACAGAACUUAAAAUUGCAUUUGUUUUUGCUGUCUUGUUAAAUUAGAAAUCGGCACUCAGCAGCAAAGAGUGAGCUUACGAUCAAAUUGAAUUAAAUACUGGCUGACGAAUG